AUGAGAACAUUAAAAAGGUUGAGAACGCGAGAACAAAUCUGGAUUAUUAAAAUACUUAAAUCUAAGGGUUUCAUAAAACUCACGUCAUCAUCGAUCUGGGCAUCACCUACAACCCACCACGAAGAUUUUUUCCCAUCAUCAUUGGUCUCGGUAGGUGCAGCAAGGGCUGCUCAAGCAGUUUUCGGCUGCUUCUCCUUCAAUUCCGGUAACAUAUGUGAAAGGGGAGGAGAACAUUUGGCCCGAUGGAGCAAGGCAAGCGGAAACAGCAGCUCCGGUGAGGGUUUUCGCCGUGGUGCUAUGGUUAGUUCCACCUCCUCAUCAGCUCAUCCAUGCUUCAUCUGCUUCAAAUCAAUCCAACCGACUCACAAUCGCUUCUUCCCCAUAUCUCUACAGAUCCCAAUCAAAGAAAGCUAUGGAAUUAAGUUUUAUGAACCACAAGAUCUUAUCGUGAAAACGUCUACUCAAAGCCACAAGGUUUCUGCUAUUUUGGUGUUCGGAGACUUCACUUAUGAUCCUGGAAACAACAACUACAUUCUGACCCCUUUCAGGGGCAAUUUCCCACCUUAUAGGCGAGAUUUUGCAAACCAGAAAGCGACAGCGAGGUGUACCAAUGGAAAGAAACACAAUCCUAAUUUUCGAAUUUUUUGGUAA